AUUAUAUUUAUCAUGAAGUUAAAUGGCCAUUAAAAGGCAAACUCUAUGCAGAAAGAAACGGCUAACAGCAGCAGCAGAAACCCAGCUGACAGGCAGCCGAUACGCAGCCAACAAGCGUCUAGUGUGAACACCAGACUCCUGCAUCACGUAGCCACCACGCAACGCUGACGCCACGCGCUCCUGAUGCGGGUAGUGUGCCCACGCCUUGAGACUUGACUUUUACCUGUUUUGAUGGACGCCAGACUUGAAUUGGACUCAUCUCCAAGAACUUUAGACCUGCACUUGUUUCGAAGGACUCGUGCCUUGUCUUGAACUCAUCUGGGAGGACUUAGGACUGGUCCUAAUGGCUUGACUUGGACUUGUUUGAAUGGCAUGAGACUUGACUUUUACCUGUUUCAAAGGAUACCACACUUGAAUUGGACAUGUCUCAAAGAACUUUAGACUUGCACUUGUUUUGAAGGACUCUUAACUUGUCCUGCACAAGUCUGGAAACAUUCGGGAGGUCUUGAGAUUUGACUUGCACUCAUCUUGAUGUGUUAAAUAACUUAAUACUUGACUUGGUGACAUGGACAUGAUCCUUUUACCAGCUCCCCACCUGCAAAGAUUACUAGCCAGAUCUCAGAUCUUCAUGUUUAACCGACUCCCAGAGGCUACAUGUAAAUGUUGACUGAUUAACAGUAUUACUGACUGUGUGCACGCAUGCAGCGACGGGCUGCACAAGCAGGCCCAUGGUGCAUUUAUGUUAAUAAACACCUGGACAGUCCGUUUAAGAGACGCAUGCAGUCUGACGUCUGAAAAAGUGAUAGUAAACGUGAUAAUGCUCCACUGCGUUACCCCAUACAGCAACAACGUCUUUCUGUGGACCUUUGCUCCUGCCUGUCCUGUUAAAAACCCAAAGGACAGACAUUUCAGUGCUCACUCUGCAGACGGAGGCUGUAGACACUGUGAUUGAAAUUAGUUUUUAGAGAUACAAAAACACCUUUUGCAGCCAUGACCACUUUUGACGACAUCUUGGAAGAAACUGGGAAGUUUGGCCGAAGUCAAAAGCGCAUCUUCGCCCUGCUGUGCAUGGUGUCCAUGCCCUGGGCUGGUGUGUACGUCGGUAUCGUCUUCCAGGGUUUCACUCCAGAUCACUGGUGUCGGGACCCUGCGGUGGUGGACAAGAGGCAAGCGUGCGGCUGGAGCCUGGCGAACAGUCGCAGGCUGACGGUGCCUCUGGUCAACAACUCUGGAGUGCUGCAGCAGAACACCUGUGAGCAGUACGACGUGGACUGGAACACCACAGAACUCACCUGCGAUACACAGGAACUGGACCUCAGCAAAACGCCCACAACUGCCUGCAAAAAUGGCUGGGAGUACGACUAUGCGGGCAGACAGUCCUUCGUUACUGAGUUUGACCUGGUGUGCUCAGAUGCAUGGUUGGUGGAUAUGUUCCAGGCCACUCUCAACGUGGGCUUCCUGGUUGGGAGCAUCGCCAUUGGCUACCUGGCCGACAUAUUUGGCAGGAAAAUGAGCUUCCUGAUGUCCAACCUGUUAAAUGGGAUCGCAGGAAUCCUGGUGGCCGUGGCUCCAAACUACGUGUCUUUACUGGUUUUCAGAACGCUCUACGGGUUUGGGGUGAAAGGAGGCUGGGUGGCCGGAUACGUGCUGAUCACAGAGAUCGUGGGGGUGGAGUACAGACGCACAGUGGGAGUCCUUUACCAGAUGUUCUUCAGUGUCGGCAUCCUCAUCCUCCCUUUGCUCGCCUACUACAUCACCGACUGGCGUUGGCUGCAGGUCGUCAUCACCGUCCCCUACAUCAUCUUCCUGUCCUACUACUGGUUUAUCCCAGAAUCUCCAAGAUGGCUUCUCUCUCAAAACAAAAAGGAAAAAGCUGUGGAGAUCACUAAAGCCAUGGCCAAAGAGAACAAGAUGACGUUGUCCAAGAACAUCGAGACUCUGGCAGAUGAUAAUGCAGACACCCGCACGGCCUCCUUCAUGGACCUGAUCAGAACUCCAAAAAUGAGAAAACACACUUUAAUCCUCAGCUUCAACUGGUUCACCAGUGCUGUGGUCUACCAGGGUUUGAUCAUGAGGCUGGGCAUUCUGGGAGGAAACGUCUACAUCGACUUCCUCGUCUCUGGCCUGUUGGAGUUCCCUGCAGCCUUCCUCAUCCUCUUCACCAUCGAACGUAUCGGCAGACGCAUUCCCUUCGCCUCCGCUAACAUCGUAGCUGGAGCCGCCUGCUUCAUCACCGCCUGCAUCCCUGAAAGUAUGUUCUGGUUUAAGACGGUGGUGGCCUGCAUCGGUCGGCUGGGGAUCACCAUGGCCUUUGAGAUGGUGGUGUUUGUUAACACCGAGCUCUACCCGACAUUUGUCAGGAACCUGGGCGUGUCCGUUUGUUCCACUCUGUGUGAUGUUGGAGGCAUCAUUGCUCCCUUCCUGCUCUACAGACUGGCCGUCAUCUGGCUGGAGCUGCCACUCAUCAUCUUUGGGUCUCUGGCUUUCGUUGCCGGUGGUUUGGUGCUGUUGCUUCCUGAGACCAGAGGUGUGGCGCUGCCCGACACCAUCGAUGACAUCGAGUUCCCAGAAAGAGUGAAGGAGAGAGCUACACUGAGGAGCCAGCAGUUGGCCAACCUGCUGCCCAACGACGACGUAUCGACCAACAAAGAACCAGCAACUGUUUAAUCUCCUUCUGUGACCAAAGUAUUUAUUUAUGUUGUUUAGCAGUGUUGCUUGUGGAUAUGUUAGGAACCUCCCUUGAUUUUUGUUUUUGACUGAGUUUUCGGUGUUUAACUGUGAACGUUAUCACCCACAAAGAAUUUAAACUAAACUGCUGUAAAGUUUCUUUGUGAAGCCUCUGUGAUGUUGGAUGACUUAUUGAAUUAUGUGUAAAGAGAGCGUUUCAUAAACUCAGGAUUAUUAUAUAAUUAUUAUAGAAAUACAUUAUUGAAUUAUUAAAGAGUUUUUUUUAACAUAA